AUGAAUUUCUCGUUGAAAUAUCUUCACCUGCUGGUGGCAUUCUCACUACUUUGGUGUUUUGAAUCUACUAUUGAAGCGAAACAAAUAAUUAAAUCAGGCCAAAACAGUGAUAAAUACAUCAAACAAAAGGACCCAUCAGGUUUUGCUUCAUUGUGGCCAAGACAUCAUAGAACUACAACACUUGAUCCAAAUACAACUGUACUACAAACUGAAUCAACAACGUAUGUUUCAAAUUCGACUAGUGAACAAUGGAAUACGACUACUGAGGUUCCUCAAUCAACAACUUUUAAUUCAAAUAUGACUAGCGAUCAAUGGAAUACAACUACUGUGGCUCCUCAAUCAACAACAUAUCAUUCAAAUAUGACUAAAUAUAACAAGGAACCAUCAGGAGUAUUUGCUCCAUUUUGGCCAAUACAUCAUAGAACUACAACACUUGACCCAAAUACAACUGUACUACAAACUGAAUCAACAACGUAUGUUUCAAAUUCGACUAGUGAACAAUGGAAUACGACUACUGAGGUUCCUCAAUCAACAACUUUUAAUUCAAAUAUGACUAGCGAUCAAUGGAAUACAACUACUGUGGCUCCUCAAUCAACAUCAUAUCAUUCAAAUAUGACUAGCGAACAAUGGAAUACAACUACUGCGGCUCCUCAAUAA